AUGCUCGUCCACAGAAAACAGCUGGGCCCGAAACUCGAUAAGCCCAACCGAUUUAAUCUAGGUGGACUUAUCAAGAGAAAGAUCUCAUGGCGCCGCUCUAUAGACGGGUCUAUGGGUGACUCCAUUGACGACAAACCGCUGCUGCUUCCACUGGCUGCUGCUCAGGCCAAUCACCAGUAUACUGUGGAUUGCCACCAACUGGCCUCCCAGGCUCCCCACUACCUGCUUACCGCUGCUGAUGCUCAUUACACUCACCUUUCGCCGCCUCAGGAUUCGUACUGUUCGGCUGCUGCCGAGUGUAUUUCGCUUCAGAAUAGCGAAAUGACCGCUCACGAUAAUGACGAAAUUGACCCUCUUUGCUGCUGUGAAGACUUUAACUACGUGGCUGCCUCGCCAUACGAUGACCUGCCUUCGUUCGAUACGAAAAACGAAGAGAAUAUCGCCGAAUACAAGACUGGCGGCUACUGUCCUGUCAAGAUCGGCGACCAGUUCUGUUCUGAUCUGUGCCGUUACAAGGUGCUUAGAAAACUUGGAUGGGGCCACUUUUCGACCGUUUGGUUGGCUCUUACGCUGACUGGUUCGUUUGUGGCUUUGAAAGUGGUCAAAUCCGGCAAAAACUACUCGGAUGCUGCUUUCGACGAAAUCAAAAUCCUUAAAGAUAUCCAAAGCUCUAAGGGCUCUUGUGGUCCUUGUAAGGACAAGGUUGUGUCUUUGCUUGACUCGUUUGAUAUCAAUACCCCACUGGGCUCUCACGUAGCAAUGGUGUUUGAGCUCAUGGGUGAAAACAUGUUACAUUUGAUUUAUAAGCAGAAGGCAGAACGCUACUCCAUGAAGGUUCUUCAGCAGCCUUUACCACCUCCAGUUGUAUCUAUGGAUAUGGCUAAAUCGAUCAUCUUGCAACUUCUACACUCGGUCGACCACAUGCACCGCAAGGGAGUUAUCCACACUGAUAUCAAGCCUGAAAAUGUGCUCAUGACAUACGAGGGUUCUAUUCCAGACUCGGUUCGUGCUGCUAAGCCCACUCCUACUUUCAGAAUUCUUCCUUCGAGACCGUUGGGUAUGACGCUAGAUGAAAUCUGCUCAUGCCCAAUGCGUGUCAAGGUUGCUGAUUUGGGAAAUGCAACAUACGCUCACGACCACGUUUCUGACCACAUUCAAACUCGUCAAUACCGUGCUCCUGAAGUCUUGCUAAAGUACAAGAGCUGGGGCGCUUCAGCAGACGUAUGGCUGAUUGGCUGUUUGAUUUUUGAGCUCAUAACAGGCGACUUCCUUUUCGACCCACACGACGGUGCCACAUUUACCAAAGACGAAGACCACAUGGCUCAGAUCAUUGAGUUACUUGGUGAAUUCCCUUCGGCGAAAUACUUGAGCGAAUGCCUGAAAGCAUCUGAGAUCUUCGACACUCCAAAGUCUUUACGCAACAUCCGCACGCUAAAGUUCUGGAGUCUUGAAGACGUCUUGGCUGAAAAGUACAAGUUCUCCCGUAACGAUGUGAAUGUCUUGUUGAUGUGUGAUUUGAUCCGUAAGUGCUUGAAGUAUAACUUGAAUGAGCGUUACGACUGUGCGUCGCUUACGAACCAUCCAUGGUUCUCUGCUAACCCACAAUAUGACCCGGCAGCCCUUGAGGCCUUGCCAAACAAAAAUAAUGAGAUUCUGGGCUUCACUCGUGAAGAGUGA